AAAAACGUAUUGUAUAAUAAAAAUCUCAAUCUGCUCUUCCCAAUUUUAUCCAAGGAGAACGAGUCCUCCUCGAAUCUCUUCCUUCCACUAUUGCUUCGGCCUUCGGGUCCUGAAAACUAAAGAAAAAGCCCACCAACUGGAGAGGAACCGGGAGAGAGAGAGAGAGAGAGAGAGAGAGAGAGAGAGUGUCCGAAGUCAUGGAUUCGUUGGUUGUGGUGGGAUUUCCAGCGUCCUUUUUUCGGUUCAGAUAAGUGGGAUUUUCGGUGGUAAUGUUUUGGGCUGAAUGGUUUCUUCAUUGGCAACGACAAUAGCCAUGGAUUCUUCUUUCGAGAGCGCUACACUUGAUUCAUCAAAAUGCAGUAAGUUGAGUAUGGAGGAGAAGAGGGAACUCGUGUAUGAAAUAUCAUGCUCACAUGGUGCCUCUGAAAUGCUGCAGUCAUGGAGCCGUCAGGAGAUUUUGCAAAUCCUGUGUGCAGAGAUGGGAAAAGAAAGAAAAUAUACUGGCUUGACAAAGUUGAAAAUCAUAGAGAACCUUCUGAAAAUUGUAUCUGAAAAGAAAUCAGGGGGACAUGAGACUGUAAUUGACCUUGAACAACCUUCUUCACCUGCACUUGGCCAAAAAGCUAUCAAAAGGCAGAGAAAAACUGAUCACCCUUCUCGGCUAUCUGCUCCAGCACACAAUCUUCCUAACAAUGAUGGGAGCACUGCUUUAGGUAAUACUAUCUAUUGCAAAAACUCAGCUUGCAGAGCUACCUUAAUUCGAGUAGAUGAGUUUUGCAAAAGAUGUUCAUGUUGCAUCUGUUAUCGGUAUGAUGACAACAAGGAUCCUAGCCUGUGGUUGAUUUGCAGCUCAGACCCUCCAUUUCAUGGUAAUUCAUGUGGCAUGUCAUGCCAUCUGGAGUGUGCUCUAAAACAUGAAAGAUCUGGCAUUUCCAAAGAUGGACGAUGUUCUGGACUUGAUGGGAGCUUUUAUUGUGUAUCUUGUGGGAAAGUGAAUGAUUUGCUUGGAUGCUGGAGAAAACAACUGAUGACAGCAAAGGAUACAAGACGUGUUGACAUACUGUGCUAUCGUGUGUCCUUAAGCCAAAAGCUAUUAAAGGGGACUGAAAAGUAUCAAAAGGUUUCUGAGAUCGUGGAUGAAGCUGUUAGGAAGCUUGAAGCUGAUGUGGGUCCUUUAACUGGUUUACCUGUAAGGAUGGGAAGGGGUAUAGUCAAUAGGCUUUCUUCAGGACCGGAAGUUCAGAAACUCUGUGGCUUGGCUGUGGAGUCACUAGACUCCUUGCGUUCUAAUACAUUUUUGCAUCCAUCGCCUGAUCCUGUGAUCCAAGAAUCAAAUUCAAUUGCUCCCAAUAUUGUCAGAUUUGGAGAUAUCCAUGCAACAUCCCUCACUGUGAUUUUGGGUUCAGAUGAUUCUUCACCAGAAGAUCUUGUUGGUUAUACCUUAUGGCAUCGAAAGGCUCAUGAUGUGGAUUAUCCGGCAGAACCUACUUGUAAACUUGUUGCUCCCAAUACAAAGUUUGUUGUCACAGGACUAACUCCAGCAACAGAGUAUAGUAUUAAAGUCGUAUCACUUAAUGGUACAAGAAAUUUGGGUAUGUAUGAAGUUUGUCUCUCAACAGGUAGUUCUGAUGAUGAAGUUCUAAACAACUUUGUAAGAAGUGAAAGCCCAGCUACGAACUGUAGUAGCCUUUCUAACCCUUCCUCGGUGGAAGAUGAAACUAAUAACAUUACUCCAUAUAGUGACCAGGCUGAUAAACGAGCAGAUACUUAUCUCACUUAUAGCAAGGAUGCCAAUAAAUUUAUUUCUGUUAAAGGAUGUGAUGAUGCUUUGUGCAGUGAUAUGGGUGAAAGAAACCCAUCAGAUAUGGUUUCAGUGUUGGAUGAGGAACAUGCUUUGCAGACAGUUGGCUCUGGACCCAAUUCUGAUGUCUUAGAGCUUGAGAACAAGAACUCCCAAGAUAACCAAAUUACCGAGGACAUGAGCACUGAUGAUGGGUCGAAUUCCCCUGUUCAGACGGGGAUGGAAUGUGUGCCAUUUGUCAGCAAGUCAGAAGCUGGCUUGCCCACUACACCAUGCAAGUUGGAAGUCCUCAAGGAUGCGGUAGGUAGGAAUGGAAGAUCCAAAUUCUGCAGCAGGGAUCUGGAAAAUGGGAUUGGCAAAGGAGAGGAACCCCAAGAUGGAAGCACAUCAAAAAAGAGAAGUAUGGAAAGGCGGGAGGGGGAAUGUGCAGCAAAUGGUAUCUCAGACAGGGAUUUUGAGUAUUAUGUGAAAGUAAUCAGAUGGUUAGAGUGUGAGGGACACGUAGAGAAGAAUUUCAGGCAGAAAUUCCUGACUUGGUAUGGCCUGAGGGCCACCCCACAAGAGGUAAGGAUUGUUAAGGUUUUUGUCGAUACUUUUCUUGAAGAUCCAGCAUGUCUUGCAGAGCAGCUUGUGGACACCUUUUCAGAAAGUAUUUCAAGCAAGAGAUCAUCUGUGGUGCCAGCAGGAUUUUGCAUGAAGCUUUGGCAUUGACCGUCUUGUGAGGGGUUUUGCUAUUAGACGGAGGAGCUUUUGAAUGCAAGCCCCAUCGGGGUUUGUGUAAAUUAAUUCUUUACCGCCCCCUUCCUAGCAUUCAUCAUUUAGACUACCAUCAGUUAUAUUUACGUAUCACCAUUAUGCCAUUCUUAUGACGAUGUAAGAAGCUUAGCGCUCGUUCCAUUUUAUAUGCAGUCUGUCUCAAACAUGGAUAUUAUUCCAUUUUUGUCAUUUUAUUUACGUAAUUGCUUAUGAAUGUGGUGGUCUUUGUACA